CGAGUAUUGAAGACCAUGUUGCAAUAGGGUCUUAGGUUUAUCCUGACUAACAUCUAUCAAUGCCUAGAAAGUACAGAUUCCGCUGAGUCUAAUUGAGACACCACAAUUUUCUUUUAUUUAAAAAUUUUAAAUGAGGUGAUCUUUGUUUCCUUUGCCCUUUACUCCAAUAUGCCACCACAAGUAGCUGAAGCACCAGAACGUCGCAUCUUCUCGAGACAGGAGAUUGCAGCUCUUAACAGCGAACUCAAGAAUGAUGACCGGGGUGAUGCCAUGAAGUUCACCAUCAUUGACAAUAAGAUCUAUGAUGUUAGCGACUUCGUUCAUGAGCACCCCGGUGGUGCUCAAGUCUUGUUGACUCAACUUGGAAAGGAUGCUACAGAUGUAUUCCAUGCUAUGCACCCAGCUUCUGCCUACGAAGUUCUCGCCAACAACUACGUUGGUGAUUUGGCCAACGACGUAUCUCUUCCCAAGGGCAACAACACCGCUUUUGCUGACGAAAUGCGCGAAUACAGAGACAAGCUCGAGGCUCAAGGAUUUUUCCAAGCCGACAAGGGCUUUUACACUUACAAAUUGGUCUCGACCGUCAUGAUCUCCGUGCUUUCUUUGGCUGUCCUUCGUGCCUAUGGCCAUUCCACCACCGGUGUACUUGUUUCAGCCUUUAUCAUGGGUAUCUUCUGGCAGCAGUGCGGUUGGUUGUCCCACGAUUUCGCUCAUCACCAAGUCUUCGAGGAUCGUUCCUUGAACGACGUUGUUGUUGUUUUCCUGGGAAACUUGUGUCAAGGCUUUUCCCUCUCAUGGUGGAAAAAUAAGCACAACACUCACCACGCCAGCACCAACGUUCACGGUCAAGAUCCCGAUAUCAACACCGCCCCCAUUUUGUUGUGGGACGAAUACACUUCAUCUGACUACUACUCCAGCCUUUCAGCAGACGAUAGCGGUGUUGCUAAAUUCAUUGCCCAAAAUAUUAUUCCCAACCAGACUCGUUACUUCUUCUUCGUCCUUGCUUUUGCUCGACUUUCAUGGGCUCACUCUUCGUUUUUGUACUCCUUCAAGCAAGGCUCCAUCAACAAAUCAGCCAAGCUCAAUUUCUUUGAAUGUGCUGCUAUCGUUGUUCACUGGACCGUCUUCACUGCCGUCACCUAUUUCUGGAUCGAUAGCGCUCUCAACCGGGCCCUCUUCUUUAUCGUAAGCCAGGCCACUACUGGUUACGCUCUUGCUCUUGUUUUCGCCCUUAAUCAUAGCGGUAUGCCGGUCAUCAGCGAAGAAAAGGCCGAGGAAAUGGAGUUCUUUGAGAUUCAGGUUAUCACUGGCCGUGAUGUUAAGAACGGUCUUUUGGGUGACUGGUUUUGCGGUGGUCUCAACUAUCAAAUCGAGCAUCAUAUUUUCCCCAACAUGCCUCGCCACAACUUGAAGAAGGUUCAACCCAAGGUUAUCGAGAUGUGCAAGAGACACAAUGUUCCAUACCACCUUACAGGCUUCUGGAAGGGAACUUUGGAAGUCUUGCAGACUUUGGAUAUCGUUCAAAAAGUGUCUGCCAAGUUGAGCAAGAAGGCAUUUUAGAUGAAUAUGAUGAGACAUCUUGUCAUUUCUACUUGUGCUAGGUCACAGCUUGAUAUAUUAUUAUUGUAAUCUUUCUGCUUUCACACUUUCGUUUACCCCCCAUUUGGAUCUUUCACCAGCUUCUCACCACAUUUAUUUGUUUUUCUAAUCCUGCAUAACAAAUCAUUUUUUUUUUAUUAGUA